GGGAGGCACUAGGACUCUUGGCUACACGAAGGUGUAUGAGGAGGUUAGAUGUCCAACCAACACUUCUAGAAUGAAACAUGCUAAAACGAUGUGUCCAGUGAUGUUGGUUUUCCUUCUGCUCAAGUAAUGCUCAGGUGUUUUGGUAACAUCAUGUCUCACACUUCCAAGUUCUAAAUCAAAAACAAAAGGUUCAAGAAAAUGAUCUAGGAGUAGGACAAUCACAUUUACAAUGAGUAGCAAGAGUACUCAAACGAGUUUAGUUGAGGGAGAAUGAGAAAAAAUAAAAUAACUUUGAAUUUGGUAGUGUCUAAAAGCAAUUUUAACAUUUGCUUCCUUCGAUACUUUUUUAAUCUAUCACGGUAUAUGGCCAUGACCUUGCAUUGUCACUUGAAGACGUGCCUAUCCUUUGGGGUCCAAGACUUACACAUGUGUAACGAAAGUAGUACCUUGUAUAAGAACGUACAAUGUUUGGUAUUCUCUGGUUGAGUCAUUGAGAGUGACGAGUGAAAUCAUUUGUGAUAAUGGAACAUUGUUUUAGAUUGAAAUUUGACUUUGUAAAGAAAUUAGCACGAUAUAAGGUGUUGUGCAUGUAUGCUAAUAUGUGGUUUUGAUAUUUAUGUGACACAUUUAUGU